CACCCCCCCCGAUAGGUACGGCAAGCCGUGCUAGCUGACUUCGUGGCGGGCGGUCGCGGUCCUGAAAGCAUCCGCGUUUGCGUUUACUUGGAGGCGUCCAUAUGGCCGCCUGUUGUCGUGCGCGGCGAGGCUGUCGCAGCAGCGCAUGCCGGGCACAUCACCUUCGUCGAUGACUUUUCCGGCCCCACGCACACGAAUCCACGACGGCCUGUGCAUUUUACGAUUUUGCCCGGCGAACAACGGAUGGCGUUCCGUGGUGUGCCCGCCGCUUGCUUUUUCAACGACUGCCGGCACCCCGUGGUGGACGACGCUUCCGGGAAAUGCGAAUUCCACAAGAACCGAGGCAAGUGUCGCGCGCCCGAUUGCCACAACCAAGUCUACGCUCGCCGCCUGUGCGUCCGACAUGGUGGAAAGCGACAAUGCCAAGCACACGGGUGCCUUGGAAACGUCCGCAUCGGCAACUAUUGCUCUCGCCACGGCGCUGUGAGCCCCAAGAAACGGUGCAACGAGCCGCACUGCACCAAAGUUGCGCAUGCCCGGCAAAAAUGCGUGCGCCAUGGCGGCGGACGAAAGUGCAAUGUCGAUGGAUGCGACACCCAUGCUCGAGUCGGCGGACGCUGCUGUCGACAUGGAGGAGCAGCAUCCUCCGAUGCAAGCUACGUGCGCCAGCAUGCGACGCAACACGGCGCCGUCGCACGGAAACCCGCCGUGCCAAACACUGCCGCGCCGCCGACCGACGGCGGGAUGCUGCCUCCAUUCAGCCCAAACAGUGUGUCGGGAACGUGCUUGCUCCAAUGGAGCUGUGUGUACAAUCUCUUUGGCUUGUCCGACGAAGCCAACGAAGAAUGGAUGGCACUGCCACUGCUAGACCACACCAAUCCAUGCAGCGCGGCGGCGACGCAGGCGUGGGCGGAUGACUUUCGUUGGGAGUUUGACGACGUCGCGUUCGACGAGCUCGUGCCGAUGCCCGCCAUUGUACGUUGAGCCGACGCCACCACGUAACCAAGAUAUCGUUCGAUGAUGCUA